AUGCGGAGCCACCUUACCACAUCGCAGAGUUCAUUUACCGUCCCUGUUUUUUGUGGGAUUUUUGUGACCGUUUCCAUCUCUCUGCACGGGGCUCCCGCCAGUAAUCUCACUUGUUACCACACUCCUCCCGUUGCUUCCGUGCAGGAGUUGGUGCACCGGUCGGGUGUUGUGGUUGAAGGGAAAUUGCAGCCGGAGGGACAGGCAAACGACAUGAACCAAGAGGAGAGAGAAAUUCUCCUCCAGGAACGAGCUCGUGCGACACUGAACGACAGCGAGGCGCAGAAAAUGGAUGAACCAGCCAAAGCCUCCGGGGAAUCACUGCCGAACAGGACCUCGGAAACCUACCAGGUCAGAGUGAAGGUGCACCAAGUGUGGGAAGUUAAAGCAGGGGGUCUUGAAAAGGAUACUGUCGUUUCCCUAGUUUGGAACCUAGAAGAAAACUGUUCCGCACUGAAGACAGACAGGAAGUAUAUGUUCUUUUUGGAGCCUACAAAUGACACCUCUGUGUUCAAUGUCGUUUACCCACCUGUCGAGACCAGACGCAGCGUGAGAAAAGAUGUCAGCAAAGUACUCUGUCAAGGUUGCGCCGCCCCCAAGCUGAAGCCCAUGAAGAGUGUGGAGAUGGCGGACGGAAAGAAGAACUCGCUCAAGUGCGAGGCGAGGGCUGCCAACCCAGUGCCCAAGUUCAAGUGGUACAAAGACGGGAAGGAGUUCAGCGGCAAAAACAAACCCAAAGAUGUCAAAAUAAAGAAAAGGAAAGGAGGGAUGACUUCAGAGUUGCGAUUCGGGAAAGCAAAGGUGUCAGAUUCCGGCAUGUACACGUGUGAGGCCAUCAAUGACCUUGGAAGAGACCAGAUCACCGCAAACAUGACAGUCAUCAAGACGGCCACCAGCACCACUCCCUCCGUAAAGACCUCCAGCCAUGUGAUGCCAUGCAGUGAGCGUGAGAAAAAGUACUGUGUGAACGGUGGAGAGUGCUUCACUCUGGAGAUCAAACCAGGAGAGCUCAAGAACCUCUGCAGGUGCCCAAAUGAAUUUACUGGUGAUCGCUGCCAAAACUACGUAAUGGCCAGCUUUUACAAGCAUCUUGGGAUUGAAUUUAUGGAAGCUGAGGAGCUGUAUCAGAAACGUGUGCUUACCAUAACGGGAAUCUGCAUUGCACUCCUGGUUGUUGGCAUCAUGUGUGUUGUCGCCUACUGCAAAACAAAAAAACAGAGGAAAAAACUUCACGAUCGACUGAGGCAGAGCCUGAGGAGUGAGCGCAAUGCCAUGGCGGCCAUGGCCAACGGCCCGCAGACGCCCCAGCCCCCCUCUGAGAACGUCCAGCUCGUCAACCAAUAUGUGUCGAAAAAUGCUGUCCCUGCCGAACAUGUAAUCGAGAAGGAAACUGAAACGUCAUUCUCUGCAAGCCAAUACACUUCGUCAGCCCAUCAAUCUACAACAGUCACCCACACUUCCAGCCAGAGCCGGGGAAAUGGGCGGAGCGAGAGCCUGCUCUCCAACAGCCGCUCGGUGCUGGUGAUGUCAUCGUCCGUGGAGAACAGCAAGCACACAACGCCCUCCAGUCGCCGGGGGCGUCUCAACGCCACAGGGGGUGUGCCCAAUGCCAACGCCUUCCUGAAGGACCCCAGAGACACGCCAGACUCUUACAAGGAUUCCCCCUAUAGCGAGAGGUAUGUGUCGGCCAUGACGACCCCGAGCCGGCUGUCUCCCGUGGACCUGCAGUCCCCGGUGUCGCCCCAGUCCCCUCCCACCGAGACGUCCCCGCCCCUCUCCAGCCUGGCCACGUCCGUGCCGUCGGUGGCCGUCAGCCCGCUGGGCGAGGAGGAGCGCCCCCUGCUGUUCGCCACUCCGCCCCGCCCACGCGACAAGCAGCGCCCAGACCACGCCCACUCCCACAGCGGCCAAUAUCAGCGCAACUCCGCCCACUACAACCACGGCCAGGACACCCGCAGCGCCCCGCCCAGCCCGCUCCGCAUCGUGGAGGACGACGAGUACGAGACCACGCAGGAGUACGAGGCCCCCGCCCCCCAGCCCCCCCGAAAAGUGCCCGACGGACGCAGGGCCAAAAGAACAAAGGCGAACGGGCCGGGGGCGCCGGCCGAGUCCAACAGCGACAGCAGCUCGGAGAGUGGCAGCUCGGAGAGCGAAACAGAAGAUGAGCGCGUGGGCGAGGACACGCCCUUCCUCAGCAUACAGAACCCGCUGGCUGCCAGCCUGGAGUCGGCAGCCAGCUUCAGGUCCGCCGACAGCAGCAGGACUAACCCAGGACUCCGGCUCUCCCCGCAGGACGAUUUACAGGCCAGGUUAUCCAGUGUCAUAGCAAAUCAAGAUCCCAUCGCUGUAUAGAGCGGGAGAUAGCAAUGCGUUACUUGUCAGACAUAAAGUUAAAAAAAAAGAAAAAAAAAAAGAAUAAAUAAAAUUUAAAAAAUUGUACAGUCACCACUAAACCUUUAUUUUAUAUAAAUUAAGUAUUUGAGGGAAAUAAUUUUAAAAAAUAAAACUUUUAUUUUAGCGAAGUAGUGAAUAAAGUCUUUUAUAAAUUAAAUGUGUGCAAAUGUGUUCGUGUCAUGGAAGUGCCAUACACUAGUAUGUAGCAUAGGUCACAGUAUUUCAAUGGAAAAGAUUAUCAAUGGUGCCUUUAUUUUCAGUUUUGUGAGCAGAAGAGAAAUGCAUUACGAUGCUGGGCCAUAUAUUCAAGAGCUUCAUGUCGCCAAAUAUUUGCUUUCUUGCUUUUUUAAGUUGAGACAAAUUCCACCAGCAGUGUGUAUUUAAUGAUGCCAUGACUCAUUCCUAACUAAUAUCCAUACAAAUAUUCAUGCAAGUACAAUGCAUAGAUUUGUGCUUUGAAAAUUAUUUUUACAGGUAAAAUUGUAGGAAACCGUAGUGAUAAAUAUAUUUGGGUAGAGGACGAAUAAACGAAUACAGCAACACUUACAUAAUCAAAAAGGUCUGCUCUAAAGAUAUUGCCUUUUAAAUUGCCAGGUAUGUAUGCUUAUAAGCUUUUUUCCCAAGCUUCUAGAUAUAAAAAAAUACUUGCUAUUUGGUAAUUAUAUGCAGGCAUAUUUUUGUAUUGGAUAUUGGGUACGGUUAGAUUUGGUAUUUUUGGAUGUAGGAUUGAAGAAUAAUGUGAGAUCACAUGGACCUGUACGUGUCCAACAGUUCCACCUGCUGAAUGGAAUGAUGCCUCAUGUCUGACUUCUUUGAUUACAACUUCGAAUGAAAUCUCCAGCGUUAUGGGGACAAAGUGAUUUUCAAAAAAAUAAUCUGGUCACCGCUAUUUCCGUGAUAUGCCCUGACAGUAUUUCUUUCUUUCGGCAUAGUGUGUCCGUGCAGGUGUGCCUGUGUGCAUGUGUGUAUGUGUUUGCGCUUUCCUGGGUCGUCCAUGUUCUGAGGUGUAUGAAGUAGCAGCAUUAUCCAUGUCAGUUACUGUAUAUGUGAACUCUUGAAUAUAUGGCUCAUUACUUCAGAGUGUUUCCACACAUACAUCGGUUCUUAAGUAAUGCAUUGUGGGGGGUAUUAUAGCACCAGUUAUUAGUAGUAAAUCUGUAGACAUCAAAAGCCUCUUUAUUUGCUUGACUGUAUUAAAAGUAUUUGCCACAAGCUUUACUCCUGCGCUUCUGUGUCCUUACACCCAUGUGAAAUGUUACAUUAUCCCAAGUGUUUUUGUUUCUUCUUCCCUCUGUGCACUUUGUUUUAUGUGUUUAUGUAAAAAAAUGAUUUGUAUUUAACAUAAACAUUUACCCUUUACGUUCCUAUUCAUGUAGUAUUUUUGUUAUAUUCUACAGCUAUGUCAUGGACAUAUAUUAAUCCUCCAGUUUAAGGGAUGGCAACACCCCCACCCCUUCCCCUAAAACUGAUGUUUGUAAAAUCCAUAUUUAAAAAGGAACAACAUUCAUGACCUAGAGAAACAAAACCGCAAGGUACAGUAAAUAUGUCAUGUCCAGGACCUGUGUAUGCUGUGACACAACAGUAUUGGAUUUAAGAAUAAUGUUUGUUCCCUUCAGUCUAUGACAGUUCUGAGAAGAACUGUAUGCUCAUGGUCUUGAUUCGAAAACCAUACGCAAAAACAUAUGCUACCCAAAGAAAUAAUUAUGUACCUUACAAGACAGUACAUAAACUGUACUUUUCUCAAAAAAGGCCCACCGAAGAUACUUUUAUAUUUAUCUUAUUUAUGUAUUUAUUUAUUUAUUUAUUUUUGGGCCUUAUAUAAUCAAUUAUAGAUUCUAUAUUUUAACCUGAAGUGUUUUAUACAUUAAGUUGGUAUAUGAAAAAACUGAAGAUUUAUAUAUAUUUUUUGUUUGUUUGUUUAUUUACUUUGUGUUUUGAUGACCCUUAAAGCCCUUUCUACAGAAUGGGAUUUAAGCGUUAUUUUGGUUGUUUUUUCUUUUUUGCCACUGUCCACAUUUUUACUUCUGUUCGUGUACAUAAUAAAAUCAAAUUAAAAUGCACAAGAUGAUUUAAUUUUUUCUAUUUUCUAUUUUUUUUCUUUAAACUUUUUGGGGUUACCUACACAAUGCUUUUGAUUGUAACUGCAUAAAAUGUGAAUCAUAGGAAAUAAUUUGCAUACCUGUGGAUUUAAACUUCCCAAUUUUAUCAUAUAUAAAUUUGUAUAGUCUAUAAUCUUUUUUCUCCAGUUGAGGAGGCAUACCCCAUGAUGCAUUACUUUAAACCCACGAUGUGUCCAUUAAUGUAAAUACACCAUUAGAACAUUGACCAUCUUGGAUCUGAAUAGAUAUAUUAAACACUGUGUCUAGUGUUUAUCAGUUCUCAUUCACUCCAUAACUGACUCUUUCUCCCUUCAAUACUGUCAUACAUGGCACUGAUGCAAUUACAUUGUUAUAUAUUUUUUAUUUUUUGGAUCUUUAGCUGCAGUUGUUCUGUACCUGUUCUUGCCACUGAAAUGUAAUUAUGCAUUCUAAUUGGGUACUGGGUUUGGCAACAUUGCUAAUAGUAUAUAUUACAUCACUAACAUCAGAGCAAAUAUAACAGCCUACAGGGAAAUGCAGAAAUGAGAGGUGUUAUUGCGAGCGACACAUGCAUGACCAUGCUGUGCCUAAUGCAUGCAUGCAUUGCGCAAAGGGGAAAAUGUGCAUGAUUUGAGAUGACAAAAUGAUGCACAGUGAUGACUAACGGCUACAAUUGUACAAACAGGGCUUCUGGAACUACUUUUUAUUUUCCCCAUUUCAUUUUAAAAAUCUCGCAAUGGAUUCCCAUUAAAAUGUGCUAAUUCCAGCUUCUGUUGUGUGGAAUAUCCUGUACUGCGUAGGACAUCGCCACAUCUAAUGCUCAAGGGUCUGUGUGAAAUCUGUGAAAUAUCAACCACCGUAUUGCCUGAGAUGGCUGGCAGUGCAUUGUGCAGAAACUGGCACUAUUUCACUAUUCAAUUAAAAUAAAGCAAAGCCUCUUC